AUGGAUGUGAAUUUUGGGGAAGUGGGUUUUUGGUCUGGAGAUGAGUUCAUGGUUUGGAUUUCUGGUUACUUUACUGAGAUAUUAUCUUUGUGUCGAGAGGCUUCGAAGCUAGAGAUUGGAAGAGGAAUGAACGAUUUGGAUUAUUUUAAGGAUGGAGAAGGGGACAUUCGAUUUCCUGCACGGGAAUGUGGAUAUGCUGCAGAGGUCGAUGAGUAA